GCUCCAUAGUUCGUAUAGGACAUUUAACUGCUGCUCUUCGUAUUUGCUGUGGUGGCCAUGCAGGCACUUCUUGCUCACAUCGAAGAGGCCGAGGAUGUGGGCUCGCUAAAUCUCGCCUGCCUCCACGAGCUCCGCGGUGUGGAGGACGCACGCGAAACGAUUGAGCUGCUUCUGGACGCCUACAACAGUCUCAGCGGCACGGCACGGGAAGUCCUCCAGAAGCAGUGUGUCCUGCGCAGUCUGGCAGAGCUGCUGGAGACUGUGCAGAGCCGCCACACAGCGCUCUCCGCCCCCGCUUCCUCGGCUCCUACUACACUUUCCACCUACGCCGCCUUCUGGCAGCGUCACCUGCAGCACCAUCAGCACAAGGUGCCGACCGUAGAGGCAGACUCGCAGUGGGUCUUGACACCCGACGACCAUCUUCUCCUCUCCAUGUUUCUCAACGAGACGGCGACCACGACGGACCAGCGCGCCUUCCACUACUGGAGCCGCGCCGCCGUGGUUCUCUUCCCUCUCGCCACCGCGCUUGCCUAUCCGAUGGCGCUCCCCACCGGCCACCACCAGCACCGAGGCGACAAGAGUGUCCAUGCGGCAGCAGACGACAACGACGAGGAGGCGGAGACGACGCGGGCGUCGCUUGAGUCGGAGCUGCACUCGAUGCGGGAGAUCAUCGCGAAGCGCUUCACCACCUCCAUCGACAACGUGCGACGUGUGACAAGCUACGACGACGCACGGCGCUGCCAGCAAAGGGGUGUAUGGGCGCUCGUGGGCUGCCUCGCACACCCAACCGCCGGCGCACGCGUCGCGGAGGAGCUCGAAGCAGCGGUGGACGGCAUGCUGCAGCCGCUCCAUCGAGCCCUGCAAGAGCAGCUGAACGCGUAUGCGGGCAAGGCGGAUGGCACGGGAGCCGCCCGAGGAGGGGCACACAAGACAACCUCGGCGCUGCUCUUGACAGCGCUGCUGCAGGACGUGGAGGAUGUUUUGUGGGCGAUACCGCACGUGCUGGAAGGCGUCACCGACAGCAGUUCCUCCGCUGCCGCAUUGGAGCAGCUCUGUGCGCGUGUGGCGACCUCAACAACGGAGUCGCUGCUCAAAUUUGCGCAGCAGUACAUCGCCCACCGCCAGCAGCGGCAGAUGGAGUCGAUGGAGGAGGACGGUGCCGAUCGCUUGGGUGCUGGUGGGAGCAGCGGUGGCGGUGCGGCGGGCGGUAAGUUGAAGGACAUCUUUCGCGUCUACCACGUUCAACGGAGCGUGCAGCGCGUACUGAGUGUGGCGCUGCAGCUGCGCCCCACAACACCCAUUGUCGCCCAAAAGAAGACCGGGGCGGCGGCGGCGGACUUGUUGCUGGUGAGCGAUGCGGCGUUCAGCGGCCUGCAGGCGGCGGCGUCUGCCUUUGGCGGCGUGGUGCACGUGACGGAUCCCUUUGUGCUCUCUGACCCAUCGAAUGUGGUGGAGGGGGAGGCGACGUGUGCGGCGGACACUACCACCGCUGCAGCAGCAACAGCGCUCUCUGAGCUUGGACAGAGUGUGGCGGAGUCGUGGGCGGACAGCACAGUGGGUGGCGGACGCCUGCGGGACUGCCGCUCCAUCUUGGCGGCGCCGCACCACCUCCCGAGCGGUCCGGCCGGCGUUGAUGGCGGCGGCAUUUUGGCCGGCGGUGGUGGCGCGGACGGCGACUUCGACUUCUUCAAUGAGGAGGCGGCGACGCUGCUGGGCCGUCGAGAAGCCUACCUCAAGACAUCCCUGGGUCCUGUCACGGCCUCGGCACUGGUGGACAUGGUGAUGCUUACGGUCUCGCAGAUGGACUUCCUCAGCGAGGACGCCAUGCAGGAGCUGCACCGUCGUGGGUUGGAAGAGAUGCAGCUUGUCGCCGCCUACCAGGCGCAGCGCGAGGAAGUCGAGAAGCUCCGACAGAUGGAGCGGCAGGGCGUGGAGGCCAUCCCACCCGGGAAGCUCAUUGAGCACGUGAAGGACAGUGUGGCACUGCACACGCGGGGGGUGCAGAUUCUGCGGCGCGUCUCGGCCCGUGCGCGGCUGGAGCGGGCGGCGUUCAGCUCCGUGUUGAGCGCCUACGCCCACGUCCGCGGCGAGGCGGAGGCGCGGGUUCGGCAGACGCAGGCCCUCAUUGCGCGCUGCCUCGUGCAGCUGCCACCGUCGCUGGCGGACAGUGCGAUGGACGAACUGCUGCUGAGCUUGCGCAAGGAGCUGGCCAAGGCCCGUGCACUGAAGGAGAAGGCGGAGGCAGCGGCGGCAACGGCGAGCUCCAAUGCCGGUCUGACCAUUCUCUUUCAGGACCACUCGUACUACCAACUCACCCUGCAGGCCCUCUUCAUGUUCUACGCCACCCAAGCACCGAUUGAGGAUCGCAGUGGGGUGCUGAACAGCGCCCUGAUGCUGGGCGGCGCGAAUCUGGACGAGGAGGGGAAUGAGGACGGUAUGGCUGGCGGCGGUGUGGGAGGGGAGGCGCUACACACGGCCGCGCGGCUGUCCAUCGAGGUGGACAGUCCGAUUGCCUUCCUCUACGACGACGACGUGCAUCGCGCCUCGUACGACGUGGGGAGCAAGCGGCCUCGCGAAGCGGCAGAGAACGCAGGUGGAGAGGACGACGGCGCUGCGGGUAACGUGAACUCGUCGGAGCGUGUGUUCGGGUUUUUGAACGACACCGUCGCUGCCCCGUCCACCUACAGUCACGUCCUGUGCCGCGUGCUGGAGCUCAUCUUGGCGGCGCGGCUGAACUCCAUUCUGGUGGACGUGCUCCUGCAGGCGCCUGUGCUGACCCGCUACGUGUGGCACCACCUCUACAAAGACUUCUGCCUCUCUGCGGACCGCACCCGGUGCGUGAUUGGGAUGGGCCUCGUGCGGGCCCUCGCGGUGCUGCGGCCGGUGUAUCGCACGUGCGCCGUGAACAUUCUCCUGCAGCUGAGCCUCAGCACACACGCCUACGCACGGCGGCUCGCCAUCACGGCGAUCGACGCACUCCUCUCCGCCACCACCGCGCAGGGUGCCCCUCUGUUGGAUAAAGCGGCGGAGACGCAGAUCGUGCGGUACGCGAAGACGCAGCUGUUUGCGAUCCCGGCCUAUCAACGCAGCGGCGCCGCGUCGAAGCUCAAGCGGGCGCACGAAGACGACGAGGAGGGACAGGCCACCACAGCCGGCGCUGCUGCAGCAACAACCAGCAGUAGCGAUGAGGCAGCCGCGAAGGGCCGCGCACGCAUGUCGGUUGUACUGGAACGCCACCUCGGUCUUUUCCUCAUGCUCUGCGCCCGUCAGCCCCGCGACCUCUUUCCCGCCCUGCUCGAGGUUUUCCAGCAGUGCGUGGAUCGUGAGAACAUCACGAUGAUGCAGCUGCUGCCCGCGAACGUGGAUGUGCGGCGCAUGACGCAGGACCUCUUCAAGGCCGACGCGGCGACGUUCGUCUCAGCCGUGCUGCCUCUGUUGCGGAAACGGUGUAAGGAGGCACGUCCGCUGGUGCAGGCGAUGCUGUGGGCCGUGCGGGAGCAGCUCGGGACGAUGGCGCGGGAGGCUUCCGCAGCCGCUGCGGCCCUCGCAACGUCUGCGGACGGCAUCGACCCCGCCAGUCAGGCAUCCGCUGCGGCAUCACUAGAAGCGCUGCGCAGCAUCAGCACUGCAGUGGUGGGUCAUGCAAAGGCAAUGUACGAGCUGAGCGGCAUCCCGCUUGGUGACUCCAGCACCUCCCACUCCCUGCCCGACAUCCGCUACGUCGCCCCCUUUCUCGGCUUCCUCUCCGCGAAGGAGCUGCGGCAGACGUACCUGAAAAGCUUCCUCCUGUUUGUGCAGGUGCAACUGCAGUUUCAGCGGCGCUACCACGGCGCCUUCCACCGCCUGCCGGCACGCGAGCGCACCUACGUGCUGGAGGCGACGGAGCUGCGUGCCUUCCAGAUUCAGGUGCUGCGGGAGGUCUUUGUGAAGUGUCCGGUGGCCUUCCAGGACGGCGUCGCGCGUGGGCUGACGCUGGUGAACUUCUUCGUCUUUUUGCAUCGCGCCCCGCAGGAGAGCCAGUCGAGGUCGAGCGCCCUCCACGGCGGGCUGCACCUUGGCCAAGGGGGGCUAGGCGCGGAUGCCGGUGCCACCGGCGGCAUCCUGGACGGCCUGCACGACGGCACGCCGAACGCCCUCACCUCGCAGAAGGAGAAGACGGAGGAGCUGCCGCCGAUCAGCGUGGGAACCACCAAGGAGGUGGUGAGCCUGUGCCUCGAGCUCACUCGCAGCUUUGACAACACGACGUCGGAGCGGCUCUACGGACCGGCGGAGGUGCAAAAGGCCUUGCAGCUGCUCAUGAAUCCCCCGCCGGUGCCGUCACAGCUCAUGGCGACGGUGCUGGAGGCGGCGGAGCUUUUCAUGCGCACCCGCAACAUCGACUUCAUUAAGUUCGUCGUGCAGACCGUCUUGACGCCGCUGGAGCGGGCCUCGGUGUGGGACACCGACCCGAAGCUGUGGAAGGGUGUUAUUCUCUUUACGGAGUGCUACUACCGGGAGAGCAGCAACUUUUUGGUCAAUUUGCCGGAUCAGGUGCUGACGCAGGCGCUGCGCGAGCACCCGAACUUGUGUGCGCUGUUUACGAAGGAGCACGGCAACAACGCCUCGUUUGGUCACAUUCUGGGAAGUCUGUAG